AGACUACAACGACCACGUUGCACCGCGGCGGCUGCGUCCUCGGUUGCGUGCCUUCGCAGCGUAGGAGACAUUGCACUGUGCCAUCGUGCAGCCGGCCUCGGCGUUACAGUGAGUGUGUGUUGCAGGGUGAUUCAAGAUGGCGGAGCAGCCUCUGUGGGAGCAGAUAGGCUCCAGCUUCGUGCAGCACUACUACCAGAUGUUCGAUUCGGACAGAUCGCAGCUCGGAUCAAUAUAUAUUGAUACAUCAUGCCUUACAUGGGAAGGACAGCCCUACCAGGGAAAAAUAGCAAUUGUUGAAAAGCUCACUAGUCUCCCCUUCACAAAAAUAGCGCAUAGUAUAACAGCGCAGGACCACCAGCCAACUCCAGACAACUGCAUCUUGAGUAUGGUCGUAGGACAGCUAAAGGCGGAUGAAGACCCCAUCAUGGGUUUCCAUCAGAGUUUCAUCCUGAAGAACAUUAACGAUGCUUGGGUGUGCACCAAUGACAUGUUCAGGCUGGCCAUCCACAACUUUGGCUAGGCCGCCUCUCUGUGCCGGCGGGCAGGGGCAGCCGCCUGAGACGGAGGAAGACUCCUCCCUCUCUCCGUCUCAUUCAGGCCCGCUUGACGAACGAGCAAAAACGCCGGACCCUAGAUGUCAAUCACCGACCCGCAUCCAGGUGGGUUUCCUCUCCUCCAGCCCAGCUGAACUGCGACACGCCUCUUCGCUGAGAGCCGGCCGACCAAUCAGAUGCCCCUGUCUGCCGCUCCGCCGAUCUGCAUGACGCUGGGAGAUCCUCAGUAUCUACACUCAAGCCACUAGAAGGACAAACAUCCGAUCGAUGCCAUUAACUCAUGCUCUGCUUUGAUUCUAACCCGUUCUGCUCUGCCGUCGACUCGGUUCUGUAGAUCCGUGUUCCGGUUUGAUUUGAGACGCCCCAUUCAUGUGUUCACCUUAGCUCUUCUUAGUGAGUCAAGUUUAGUUUCUGCCCCUCUAAGCGUGAUUUAUGCUGCCAGGUUUAGCUGUUGCAGACCAAAGGAUGUUGGAGGACGAGCGUUUUUCUUGUUUUCUUUCUUCUUCUCUUUCACUCAACAUCUGGGAGUCGACAAGGACUACAGCCACGAUAAACAAUAAAACCUGGACAUUUUUUCUUAA